CCCUGCGUUUCCCAUGUCUGUGUGACUUGCUUGGACAAGCCAUCCUCUUCUCAGCACACCCUGUGUUUGUCUGCUUACCUAACACAGGCUCCUCAUUCCUCCUUCAAAUCAUCCCUCAGUGCUUAGAAUCACAGGAUCAGUUUGUUUGGGAUCACAGAAUGGCUCAGGUUGGAAGGGGACCUCAGAGAUCAUCUACUCCAACCUCCCCACCAUGGGAAGAGAUACCUCUCAAGUAGACUCAGCUGCUCAAGGUCUUACCCAACCUGCCUUCAGACACCCCCAGGGAGGAGACAUCCACAGCUUCCCUGGGCAGCCUAUUCCAGAGUCUCACCACCCUUGUACUGAAGGAUUUCUUCCCAAGAUCCAGUCUGAACCUGCUGUCCCUCAGCUUAAAAACAUUCCCCUUGUCCUUUUGCUAGGCACCUUUAUGGAAAGUCUCUCUCCAGCCUGCCUGUAGGAUCCCUUCAGGUAUUGGAAGGCAGCUAUAAAAGAUCAUCAGCCAUUAACUCAGCACUGCCAGGUCAGCACUGGCAGCCACAUCUACAUGGCUUUGAAAUUCCUUCAGGGAUGGGGACUCUGCCCCUGCCCUGGGCAGCCUGGGCUAGGCCUUGACAACCCUCAAGGGGAAGAAAUAAUUCCUCAUGUCCAGCCUAAACUUCCUCUAGUGCAACUCGAGACCAUUUCCUCUCGUCCUGUUGCUUGUUCCUUGGGAGAAGAGACUGACUCCCACCUGGAUCCAACCUCCUUUCAGGCAGUUGUAGAGAGCCAGAAGGUCUCCCCUCAGCCUCCUCCAGUGCUUCACACUGGGAUGCUGGCUGCUGUAAGGGAAUUGACUUGGUUGCUGUUCAUGAUCUGCUUUGUACGCUCCUGUUGUCAAAGAUCAAAGCUUGAGGUGAGGAAGCUGCUGCUUUAUGGUCUGACAGCUGGAGAGCUGGGCAGCACUGCAGACCAGUGCCCUUCCCAAAGAUGUACCCAUCUGAAAGGUGUGAGGUGAAGAAAAAUAAGCUGACUUUUCAGAAACACAUCCUAUGAUUUGCUUUUAUGCACCUCCCUUCAGACCAGACUCAUGGAGAUGCCUUCCAGAGGACGAGGGUGAGCUGGGGUAAAAAUAGCUUCUUUUGGUUUCCCUGUAUUAUUUUUAAUGUGGAUCAAUUUCACAGCUCACACAGCUGCCCAAGUGCUCUUCAGAGGAUGCUGCAGGGACUAGGCUUGUCCAAGACCCAAGGCUGUGUCCACCAGCAAGAUGCUCACCUGCACAGCUGGUGUGUGGAAGCUCAGAAACACAGAUCCACACCAUGGAUCACAGAGCUGCCAGCAGUUGGCAGCUGUGAAAAUGGAGCCUUGAUUUAAAAUCCUGCAGCGACAAAUGGAUUGCUUCGGUGACAAAAUGACUCUCUGCCACCCAGCAGCAAUUUGGGGAACCUGAACACUGGAAUUGGAAACCAGAAGAUCAAUUGCAAACACUUAGAGGUGAGCUAAACUGAUGGUGUUGGACAGGCCUGAUCCCACAAGAGAGGAGGACAGAUCCCUCCAGUGGCUUCUUCACCUGGCUGCUAGACAUGAAGGGACCCUUGAAAGCCUUCAUCAACUUGUCCUGCGAUAUCAGCCCUUUGCUGAAGGACCCUGCAGCUUUCAAGGCUUUGAUUGAUCUUCUGGAAGACCAUUUGAGGGCAUCUUUCCCCAGAAUUGACUAUAUUGCAGGCCUGGACUCUCGUGGCUUCCUCAUAGGCCCCCCUCUCGCUCAGAGGCUGGGGAUCGGCUUUGUGCCCAUACGCAAGAAGGGGAAACUUCCUGGCCCCACCGAGUCUGUCUCCUACAGCCUUGAGUAUGGCAAGGCUGAGCUCGAAAUCCAGAGUGAUGCUGUGGAGCAGGGACAAAAAGUAGUCAUUGUAGAUGACUUGCUUGCAACUGGAGGCACCAUGUGUGCAGCCUGUGAGCUGCUGAAGAGGCUGAAGGCUGAUAUCCUGGAGUGCCUGGUGGUCAUAGAGUUAAAAUCCCUGAGAGGCUCAGAGAAGCUCAAGUCCAUCCCUUUCUACUCACUGCUGCAGUACAACUGAGAAGGAGCCAGGAGAAAGGAGUACAGCAGUUUGGGGCUUUAUUCAGUGAUUUUAUAUAUCAUGAAGGGGUGGGCAGAGGUGGGGAACCUACAGUGUGAUCCAGAUGCCAGACAAUCAUAAGGUCUGUUUGUUUUCCAAGCUACAGAUUAAGGUGGGUGAGGGAUCUAAAGAUCCUUCUUGAGUUGAUUCUUUUGGGAAAAAAGGAACAACCUGACUGGGUUUGGGGAGUGGAGACCAAGAUGCAGCUUCACUGACUGGUUUUUGGAGACCAAAGGGGGUUUGGACAAGAUGGCCUUUGAAGGUCCCUUCCAAUCCAAUGCAAUCUGUGAAAAUGCUGAGGCAGAAGAGGUCUGAUGGCUUUGGUUGUGGGGGCCAGUUGAUAAACCCCUGUGUUUGACCUCAGAGGGUGGUCUGGCUGCUCUCUGCUGUCCCUCACACCAGAAUGAGCUGUUCUUUCAUUAAGGUUGUGCUCGUGAAGGAGAAUUAAACAUCUUCCCAGCUCGUGUCCUGAAAUCGGAGGAAGCUGCCAGCACAGCAGGGCUUGCUGGUUGAUGAGCCCAGGCACUGUGUCAGCUUGGCUUGUGGCCUCCUUCCCUUGAGAAUGCAGGGGGCUGAAGGUCUCUUGUAGGAAACCAUCUGUCUUCCUUUGAUCCAGGGUGGAUCUUAGCAGUGGAUUUUGCAGCACUAGGGGCAACUACAUGGUGAGUGACGAGCAGUGAGGAAGGAGGUCAUGCUCAGGGCUGUUCUGCCUUCUGCCCAGUAGCCCUGGCACCUACCACCACUCACAGCUCCAGCCAGUGCUGGCAGCUUUUCUUAGCACAAAUUCUCCAUCUCCUACAACACUCUGUAUGCUGCUGGCACCCCUCUGCUGGGCUCUUCUGGAGGCAUCAGGGCAUUGAAAGGACAAUGUCAGUUUGGAGACUGAUCUUUCUGGUAGGUUUAGUGUCAGGCAAGGGUAUAGGAAAGAAAGCAGUGUUCUGUUUGCAGCUGAGCUCCUGUGAGCUCACUCAGGUUGUGUGCUGGAUGACAUGGGGUUUGGAGAUGUUCCCUAGGCCAUAGAAUCAUGGAAUGCUUUGGAUUGGAAGGAACCUUUAAAGCAUGGUUUGCUUUGGUGCUGAGGGACAUGGUUUAGUACCAGGCUUGGUAGAGUUAGAUAAUGGUUGGACUCGGUGAUCUUAAAGGUUGUUUCCAACCAAAGUGAUUCUAUGAGUAGUUAAAACCUGAUGUGCCAAAGCUUCCACAUGCCUGAGAAUGUCAUCAGGGUCAGUGUUCCUGUCCCAGCAGGGGCUGAAUUUGCUGAUAAAAUAAAUCUUGGUUUUAUUUUUCCUAAA